UGGCUGUCGAGAAAGAGCUUGUGCUGUGUGAUCCGAUUUCUGUCCUGAUUUCUAGGGCGUUCUCUCUCUGCCCGUGUUUACGGGCCAUGGGUAUGAAAAUAAACGAACGAUAUGUGGUUCUGCUGGGAAUCGCCUUUCUUGCCACGAUCUCGUUCCUUUCAUUGCAACUGUUGCCCUCAACUGGUCGGGAUGAACUCAUCAGUCAUCACAUUGUUCCACAAGUUCGGGAUGUGGGAUUAAGGAGAGUUUUACAAGAACAAGAAGCUGCUCAGCUUCGGCGGAAAGCUGAAGAAGCUGGUAUAGUGGCGCCACCAAUUCCAAAGCCUGAGAUUGCUGCUGCCGACGACAGUGAGGCAAGAAGAAUCACUGUUAAGCAGAUGACGAAAUUUGCCUGGGACAAUUAUAGAAAGUACGCCUGGGGUCAAAAUGAAUUGCGGCCGGUCUCGAAAAGAGGUCACUCUGCAUCCGUUUUUGGAAUGGGCGACAUUGGAGCCACAAUAGUAGAUGCGAUCGACACAUUGUGGAUAAUGGGUCUCAAAGAAGAGUAUGAACAAGCUCGAAGUUGGGUUCUCAACACCUUGAACUUUUCCCAAGCAGCUAGAGGUGAUAUAUCUGUGUUCGAGACGAAUAUACGAUUUAUUGGCGGGCUUCUAUCGAUAUAUGCGCUGACAAACGACAAAGCUUACAUAGAGAAGGCUGAAGCAAUCGGGAAGCUGUUGCUGCCCGCUUUUGACACUCCUACGGGUAUUCCUUAUGCACUUGUCAAUCCUAUCACAGGCUCAGCGAAGAAUUAUGGCUGGGCAAGCGGUGGUUGCUCAAUACUUUCUGAGUUUGGUUCACUUCAGCUUGAAUUCGACUACCUGACAAAUGUUACAGGAAACAAGGUUUUUUCGGAGAAGGUUGAGAAGAUUCGAAACUUCCUCACUGCAAUGGAUAAGCCAGAGGGCCUCUAUCCACUUUAUCUCAAUCCUAGGACCGGUAAAUGGGGUUUAUUCGACCAUUCACUGGGUGCUUUGGGUGAUAGCUUUUUUGAAUAUCUGCUCAAACAUUGGCUAAUAACUGGUAAAAAGGAUGAGCUCACUAAAAGGGAAUACGAUGUAGCUGUUUUUGCUAUGGAAAAGAAGAUGCUGUAUGAAAGCCAAAGGAACCAUUUAUGGUAUUUUGCAAAUAUUCGAGGAAAAAGAGUGGAACACAAGAUGGAACAUCUUGCUUGUUUUUCUGGCGGAAUGUUUGCUCUCCAGUCUGCCAAUGAAAAGAAUGCUACAGUAGCUGCUCACUACUUGGACCUUGCAGAAAAGAUUGCUCAUACUUGUCACGAAUCCUAUAUACGUACAGCUGUUGGAAUUGGUCCUGAGGCGUUCCGAUUUACCAGCGACAUUGAAGCCGAGGCCGUAUCGACUAGCGAGAAAUACUACAUUUUAAGGCCAGAGGUUGUUGAAACGUGGUUCUAUCUUUGGCGUAUAACUAAACAAGACAAAUAUCGCGAAUGGGCUUGGAACGUAGUUCAAGCUCUGGAGAAGUACGCUAAGGUGGAAGCCGGCUACUCAGGAAUUCGUGAUGUGUACAGUGUUCCGGUUCGGUACGAUGACGUGCAACAGUCGUUCUUGUUUGCUGAACUAUUCAAAUAUCUGUACUUGAUCUUUGCCGACGACUCGAUCUUGCCAUUGGACCGAUGGGUUUUCAACACUGAGGCACAUCCGUUCCCCAUUCGAUCCUGAGCAAUCAUCAUUCUUAACAAUUUGCCGUGGGAUUUUGCCCUCUCAUGGUGGCUCCCACCAUAUCACACCACAGUGUCAGGAUAGUAUUGAAAACGUGGUCGGUGAUAAUUUACAGGACUUACAAUGCAUCGGUGGCGCAGGUGUCUGCUUCCUUCAGUUUUUGUACAGAACAUGUCGCAAAGGUUUCUUUCAGCUGCGAAGAAACGUAGAGAGUGGCUUGAUCUAUUCUAGUCUUACUUUUUCGAUAAAAUCUUGGUGUCUGAAAGCAAAGUUGCGACUAGGUACUUUCGCACAAAGUGCAAGCCAAUCUAACGUCUCUCACGGGCUCGGAAAUAUGGUAGCAUAUGGUAUGGUGCAAAAAGUAGGAUCUUUGCGCUAAGUAAUUGGUGAACAUUCUUAUUCUGUGAGUAUGUCCAUACUGCGGGAUAGAAUUUGCGGCAAUUGAUAUAAUCUCGCAUUUUGGUCGGAAUCUAAGCAGAGCGGACUUAUCUUCUCUACCUUACCUAGAAGUGGUUUCGGCAGAAUGGGUUCUUGUCAGAUUUUGGUGUUCUUAGGUAACAUACCUCCAAGUACAUCUCAACCAAACCCGAUUUUCCAAUUUGUGAGCCAUGUAAAACGCACUUCAAAAGUCCACCAGCUCUGCCCACUAAAGGUUGUCAAUGGUAGGCUUCUGGAGCGCGAUUCUAGAUGCAGCGCAUGAAAUGACAAGUGUGGUUUGUACUACGGUCCACUCGGAGGGUUUACUACCGAUUCCCACCAAAAUUGACAGGAGUUCAUUUUGCCGAGCCACCCUCUAACAGCAACAGGGGUUCGUAUGCAUUACACAUGACAAGCUCGUCAACCUCAUGUCGACUCUAAGCUCAGUUAUGUUGCGAUUCCAAUUUGUUGAGGGUCUCAUUUGGGUACACCCUAAUUUUGUUUUUCUGCCAUUACAUUUGAAACUCAAUAUUUAUAUAUUAUUACUCCUCUUAUGUUGUUUAUCAAGACUUAUGUGCAAACUAUUUGCAUAGGCUUGUUACGAUCAAAAUACCUGAACCACGGGGAAAGGCCGGAAGUAGAAGGGCCUUUAUCUUGCAUUAUUCUAAUUUCUUAAUUUGUUUUGGAUUACCGUGACGUAUCUUUCCAAACAUGUGCUUUUUUUCUGCCAUUGUUGUGUAUUGUUAUGCGGUAUUGCUCCAUUCCGCAGAUGUAUACAGUCCACGAACACUUUAUUGUUGUUG